GAAGGUGCAGAUUAAUGCUGAAGCUAGGACAUUUAUGGUUACCAGACUCGUGGGGAAUAAAUAUAUCUUCGGCGCAAAAUUUUGCCUAGAAGUCUGUCCGUGCAUUUUGAAAAAUAAGGGCAGAUUUCCACGCAUAUUUUGCCGAAAAUUAGGCUUUGACCAAAUGUUAAUAUAUAACCAAUGCAAUUGUGCAGCAAUUAAGAUUCAGCACACCUAUUUUCUCAGCGAAUUUCCGUGCAAAUAUUAACUGAUUUUGUAGAUAUCCUCCGCGCAAUUAAAAACCUUUACAGUAUCAUGGUUAUGCACCUCUAGAUGGCCGCAAAUGGCACUCAUGACCUAAGUUUGAUUAGAAUUUUCUUUCUCUUUUCAUCUUAAAUAAUUUUAAGAAAUUAGGAAUUCUUCACUGUGUUGUAAAUGAGUUAAUACUUCAAGUCACUGUUUGCCAGUGAUUUAUUGUAUUGUUUUAUUAACUACUUAUGAAAUUGUUUUUUGAAUAAAUCAACAAUACAUGGUAAUAUUUUGUUUGUACUACAGAAGAAGAUCCAAAAUAAAAGUGUCCCCUUACUAGGAUGUCCAAUAGAGGUGCUGUCCCCUGAAUAGGGUUUGGCUGUGUUUUAUGUACUUUACCUUCAUUUUGUGGUCAAAAAAUGCUUCUCCUUAUAGGGGUGUCCCAAAGGAAGGGUUCUACUGUAUUGUGAAACAGCAUAAGUGAGAAGUAUGCCCUUACAUUAAAUCAAUGCAUUAAUAAAAAAAAAAUAUGAUAACAAAUUAAGAAGCUGGUUAAAAUUUGUAGAGAUUAUGGAGGCGAGAUUGGAACAAUGGAGGAUGCAGAAGACAAACAGGACAUCACAAACCAGAAGGCAACCAACUGAUAAGAAAAAGCUACCUUGCAGCAAAGAAUUGAGUAGUUUUAAAACACAACAAAAAGGUCAAAUGUCAAGAAGUGUUCCAAGUUCAAGGAGGAAACAAAGGUCAAAACAGGAGGAUAGGUCAGCACAGGGACAAAGGUCUGUACUAGCUCCACGGUCAAAACAACAGGAUGUUCAUCAAUGCAAAGAGACAAGCUCCGAUCUAACCAUGAGAGAAAAACUUGAAGCCUGGCUUGUUGAGAAAAAAAAGCAAAUGGAAUUUGAAAAAGCACAGAUUAAGAUUCGACCAUGGGACAGUAAUAAGAGGAAGCUAGCAGUGAGCCGCCUGGAUUGGCAGCCAGACACAAGCUUCAAACUAAGAGACAUUGUAACAAGCAAAUACCGGGGGUACUACGGUCAAGCAAAAGCUUGUAAAUUAACUCCUGGUCAACUCCUUUGUCCUGCUGAUACAACUCAAAGGGAAGUGAUAAAUUUAAAGGAAAAUGUCAUGACAGAAAUCAAUUCAGUUAAAAUGAGUUUGGAGGAAGAAGGACUUGAGGCGAUAAGAGUGUCUUCAGGUGAUCUCAUCAAGUGUGGAGAUUUGCAGAGUACUUUGGUAAAUGAAAACAAGACUGAGAAAAAUAGAAGGGCUCGUUUGGAAGAGUGGCUUGUCGCAAAGGGUAAGACACUGCACACGGUCAAAAGAAAUGUUCGGAGAGAAACAUUUGAUGUUAUCAGACUCAGUCCAGAACUAGAGCAAUGUGUUCAAGUGGAUGAGGAUGCCCGUUUGGAAAGAAGUGAAGUGGACGUGAAUUGCGCCCUCGAUGAAUGCCUUCACAGCUGUCUUGGUUUCAUGAACGAGGUUAAAAUUUCAUCGAUUUUUUAAAGUUUGAAUAAAAUUUUGAAAUAUCUGAUAAAAACAAGAUCUGAUAAAACCUUAAAGAUCUAAUUAAAUCAUGAAAACCUAUCUUUUAAAUUUUCAUUAAAAAAAGUAUUAAUGAUAAAUAAAAGUGAGAUUCUAAU